CAACUCGCCAUAACAUCCGCGGCAGCGCUAGUGAUCUGUUCAGCAGUGCUUCAAGAUGACAGGCUACAAACGUGUGUUUCUGGGCUGUUGGGUGUCGUUAGAUGAGCAGGACCGACUCUGCGAGGUCUCCCUGGACAGUUCUAUUGUCGAAGAAGUCUCUGGACUAUCCGACCAGCAGAUCGACAGUAUCUUCCAGGCGUACUACUUACUUGUCUCUUGUCCGCCACCAUCGAGUCAAGAUACGCCGCGAGGGAGAUACACCUUCCAAUCCCAUCAUUAUACUCGAAGACACCCCCUCCGCCCCAUCAAGGUCGCGGCUAAUGCCAAUACGCCGCCUCAGAGCCCUCCUCAACGACCCGAGAAACGUCCUCGGCCAGACAGUUACACGGGAAUAACGACACGGGGCUCGGGCAGAACAAAGAAGGUCUCUUUACCGAGACGUCGAGGCGGAUCUCGUCAGAAUUCCUCGCAAGAGAAGAUCGACUCGCUCAGAGUCUCAGAUGAUCUCAACCACAGUGCUACCACAUCCACCAGUCCAGGGGAAAUUCCGUCCCCCCCCCAGUCUGUCAUGCUCGAAGAGCACUCCCCGCCACCGAAUAAUGACAUGGCUCUGGUUGACAGCCAUCUGCCAGUUGAGAGCUCAGCCUCUAUCGUUGAGGAGAAUCUGCAGCAUGUCUCGCCAGCUCCGGAGCCGUUCCCAACUGACGAAAAAGCAGAUCUUGCUGUCUCUACUAAUGAGUUAGUAACCACAUCAGGGGCAGCAACAGGAUCAGCAAGCUCCAUCACCUUAAUCUCAUUACCCGAGGCGGAUACGCAGCCUGAAUGCCUGGAUCAAACCUGCCCUCUUGUGGCCUGCACACAUCCAGUGAGUACAGUCGAAUCCACCGAUAGCCCGCAGUACACCCGACUACUUCACCUUGACCGCGAAAAUCUCAACACAAAAUCAUAUAUCGCCUUAUUCCAAACACAUGAAUCUCUUAUUUAAACGUUUCUGUUUCUUGACUGUAAAAUCUCUUUAAGAGAACCUUUGUAAAGAUUUAUCUAACAUGCGUUAAUAAUCUAACUUUCUAACCUAACUUUAUUCUACUAUCCCUUCGUCUGG